AUGACUGAUCUCGACAGGAGAUUAAUUCAUCUACUACAGAUGGGACAUCUGCCACCAAGGAAGAUGAUGUUAAUCUUCCGGUCGAUCAGAGGGAAAUUCCGUGGAAUACCCUUCGAUGCUGUUGAUCUAAGCAACAUAAAGAGUCAACAACAACAAAUAGAGAAGGACCAUGACAUCCAGAAGUGCCUGGAACGCUUCAAGACACUCCAGAAAACAGUACCUGGCUUCUAUCAUGCCAUGGAAAUAGACAGCGAAAAAAGAGUUCGGAGCCUGUUUUGGAUGGACGCAAUGUGCGUAAUGAACUACAAGCUGUUCGGUGACUACAUAUCUUUCGACACAACUUUCAGCACAAAUAAGUAUGGCUUACCAUUUGUUCCUAUAGUUGGGGUGAACAAUCACGGCUCCACAGUACUGUUUGCCGUUGCUCUGCUAAAGGAUCAAACAACAGAUACAUUUAUAUGGGUACUGGAAACAUUUGUUCAGGCCAUGGGUGGAAAAGAACCAAAGACAAUAAUAAUGAGACCAGGACAAGGCAAUGAAGAAAGCAAUAAAAACAGUUCUAAAGUCCACAACACACGAGAACUCGCUACUACCACAUCGUGA